AUGAUGCUGAAGCUGUUCUGCGCCGCGAACCUGCUGCUGCUGUGUCUCGCGCCCAGCUUCGCUAGGUCGGAAGUCGGACGCGAGAACCCGGGGGCGGUCAUCGAUGAAUUCGAGGCCGUUGUCACCCUCACCGAGGACGACACCUCGAAGGCUGACGAAGUUAACAAUGAAGCUCUUACCUUUGAUGCUGGCGAGUACAUGAGCGACCUCCGCAACGCCGCUGCCGGCAAGAUCGCAAUGGACCCUGAGAAGGUGUACACCGCACAGGCUAUGCUUCCGCUCGGCGAGGUGCUGGUUCUGGCCACCGCAAGCGGCUGCUCUAUUCUCGGCGACCCCGAGGGGGAGUUUACCGGAAGGGAGGAACCGCUCGAGUUCUCCUUCCGUGUGGCGGACCUCGAGGACUGCGGGAAGGUCACUGAGAGCAUUGUCAGCAGCCUCCAGGCUGAAGUCGCUGCAGAAUGGUCGAGUCUUACAGGCAACUCCGCUGAUGCAGGCGUCGUUUCUACCACUUCAAUGCAAGAUAUAGGUAUGAGGAAGGGCAACAAGAGCUCCGAGAACCGCGGCAACUUCGGCAUUGGGGUACAGGACCUCGCCAACGCAUACCUCGCGGCCAACCUCGAGAUCAAGCUCAUUCCGACCACCUCUGAAGGCAUCGUUGUGAUGCACUUUGACAUCACCAACACCACCACCGCGCAGGAGAUCACCGAGAUGAUGUCCAGCGUGGACCCCGAGAAGCUCAGACAGCUGGAGGCCGCACUCGAGAAGGCGAAGGACACCUUCAACAACGCUUCCACCGAGGAUUUGAACAGAAUGGAAGAGGAGCUCAAAACGCUUAUUGCAAAGGAGAACGAGAAGCUCCAAAAGGACCUGGAGGACGGAAAGGAGAUGCUCGAGCAACUCAGCAGCGACAGCGUCGCUGAGAUAGAGUGCUCCGCAUUGGCUCUGGACGACUGUAACGCAGUCUCUAAGUGUGGUGUAGUGAAGCUAAAUGGCAAGGAGUCGUGCGCCGUCGCCCCUAAGACCGUAUACCUGCUCAUGGAGACCGGCUGCAGCCUGCAGUCCAAGGCCGGACUCAUGUCCAUCGCCCGCGACCUAGUCAGCUCUGGCAUUAUGUCCGAGGCCAACCACCAAACGCUCAGGCAGAGCUUCGACCUGGCGCGCAUCUGCAACGCCAUAGUCCACACAUACAUGUCGGCCGAUAUCGUUGAAACGGAGUCACACGAGACCAGAGAAGCCUUUGAUCUCUAA